AUGCUUUUAGUCGGAACCGCCAUUGCAGUAGGUGCUAUAGCCGUUGAUAAACAUAAGAGAAAGAAGAAGCUUAGGAAGAUGAAUGCUAAGGAGAGAGAGGAAUAUGAACGUGCAAACAGUGAUGACGAGCAACUACAACAGCAACAACAACAGAUGACACAACAGGGAUACCCACAACAAGGAUACCCACAACAGGGAUACCCACAACAACACCAGCAAUAUUACCCUCCUCCACAGGAACAAAAUGAAUACCAACGUCAGGAUUCAGGAUACUACUCUCGUCCACCCGCCACCAGCAGUUCCAGCAGAAUGAAUUACAACCGUGGAGGAAGAUUUAAUGAUAGACAGGACCAAACAGUACAACCUCCUACUUCCGAGACGAGCAAAGCAAGUUAUGCAGCUCAGCAACAGCUGAAUAAUGGUGCCUAUGAUCCUCCACCAAAGUAUGCCCCUUGA